UUUUGUUUUUUGAGUCGGCUCACAUCAUACUCUAAAGACAAACGCCAGUUCUUUUGUUGAAGUAAGAAUACAGCAAUAUAAUAAUACUCCAUUACAAGUAAAAGUCCUGCAUCAGCUAAAUCGCGUCAUCUCUGGGUGGGCGUGGCCGCAGAUCCCUGCGCUCUGAUUGGUCGGCUGUGCGCUCAGUGCAGUGGUGAGGACGGGUCGUGUUGAUCUCAGAAGUCAUCAUGGCGCUCAGUUCCCCAGUCAAAGAGCACCCAUAUAGCCAUCUAACUGACACCCUGCAAGAUGGCAGGAUCAAGUUCUUCAAUCCACAGAAAUUAAAUGAUCCAAGAUACGACAAGCUGCCUCUGUCCAUCCGUGUCUUACUGGAGGCAGCAAUCCGUAACUGUGAUGGCUUUUACACAAAAGAGGAAGACGUCCAGAACAUACUGGACUGGCAGCAACAGCAGAAUAAAGCUGAGGUGCCGUUCUCUCCAGCGCGAGUCCUUCUCCAGGACUUCACUGGUAUUCCUGCCAUGGUGGACCUGGCAGCCAUGAGGGAUGCAGUGGCCAAACAUGGCAUGGACCCCAACCUGGUCAACCCUAAAUGCCCCACAGACCUCAUCGUAGACCACUCAUUACAGAUUGAUUAUAGCAAAUGUGCCAUACAGAAUGCUCCAAACCCGGGUGGAGGGGACGGCCCAAACCAGAGCCACGGCCCUUCACGAUCCACGCCCUCCAGGCCUCUGUCCAGAGGAGGCUCACAGUGUGGGGGCCAGCGGGGCUCCUGUAGUAAAACUGCCUGCAGCGACCCUCCAGCCUCCUCGGGUCGAUCUCCAGCGUCUGUCCAGCAGAUCGAGAAUACACCUCUCCUCUGCCCUUUCCACCUGAAGCCUGUGUCUGAAACUGAUACAGCUAUGAAGAAUCAGGAAAUGGAGCUGACCAGAAACAAAGAGAGGCUUCAGUUCUUUAAGUGGUGUUCAAAAGCAUUUAAGAAUGUGAACGUAGUUCCUCCGGACGUUGGUGCGGUCCACCAGGUGAAUCUGGAGUACCUGUCCAGAGUGAUUCAGGUCAGCGACGGUUUCAUCUACCCUGACAGUGUGGUGGGAACCGAUUCACACACCACCAUGAUAAAUGGCCUGGGCAUCCUGGGCUGGGGUGUUGGGGGAAUCGAGUCAGAAGCUGUGAUGCUGGGCCAGCCAGUGUCUCUGACCCUUCCUCAGGUGGUGGGCUGUAAACUGGUGGGCACCAUCAACCCCCUGACCACCUCCAUAGACAUCGUCCUCGGCAUCACAAAGCACUUGCGACAAGCUGGGAUCGCUGGGAAGUUUGUAGAGUUUUUUGGACCUGGCGUCUCCCAGCUCUCAGCUCCUGACCGAACCACCAUUGCCAACAUGUGCCCAGAGUACAACGCCACUGUCAGCUUCUUCCCUGUCGACCAGGUCACACUCAGGCACUUUAAAAAGACAAAUUUCACCCAGGAAAAACUUGAAUUGCUGGAGUCUUACAUGAAGGCUGUAAAACUUUUACGAAGCUAUGAAGAUCCCUCAGAAGACCCCGAGUAUUCUGAGGUGAUUGAGAUCAACCUGAGUUCCAUGGUGCCCUACGUGAGCGGACCCAAGAGGCCACAGGACAGAGUGGCAGUCAGCAGCAUGAAAGAAGACUUCCAGAGUUGUCUUGAUGAGAAGGUCGGCUUCAAAGGCUUCCACAUCUCUAAGGAGAAGCAGGACAUCCGGGUUCCUUUCCUGCACUGCGGUCAAGAGUAUCAGCUGGCCCACGGCUCGGUGGUCAUUGCUGCUGUUAUCAGCUGCACCAACAACUGCAACCCGUCGGUCAUGCUGACUGCAGGUCUACUGGCCAAGAAGGCUGUGGAGGCCGGGCUUGUCGUCAAGCCUUAUAUUCGGACCAGCCUGGCUCCUGGAAGUGGCAUGGUCACUCACUACCUCAAUACCAGUGGAGUCCUGCCGUACUUUAGCCAGCUGGGGUUCGAGGUGAUAGGUUAUGGCUGUGCCACCUGUGUAGGGAACACGGCUCCGUUACCAGAAACUGUCGUGGAUGCAAUUAAACAGGGAGACCUGGUGGCCUGCGGUGUUCUAUCUGGCAACAGGCACUUUGAAGGCCGCCUGUGUGACUGCGUGCGGGCAAACUACCUGGCCUCCCCUCCCCUGGUGGUGGCCUAUGCUCUUGCGGGCACUGUAGGAAUCGACUUUGAGAAGGAGCCUCUGGGUGUGACUUCAGAGGGGAAGGAGGUGUACCUCUGUGACAUCUGGCCGUCCAGGGAGGAGGUCCAACAGACUGAAGAGGACACAGUCAUCUCCUCCAUUUUUAAGGAUCUUAGAGGAAGGAUGGAGCAAGGGAACACAUUUUGGAACAACAUUGAAUGUCCAGAUUCUGUGGUUUUCCCCUGGGAUCAUAAGUCCACAUAUAUCCGUUCGCCGUCUUUCUUUAGCAAGUUGAGUAAAGAGGUGCCACCUCCUCAGUCGAUAGAGAACGCUCAUGUCUUACUGUUCCUCGGGGACAAAGUCACCACGGACCACAUCUCACCAGCCGGCAGCAUUGCCAGGGUCAGCGCCGCCGCCAAGUACCUGCAGAGCAAACGCCUGACACCGCGGGAGUUUAACUCGUAUGGCGCUCGCAGAGGGAACGACGCAGUGAUGACCAGAGGCACCUUCGCCAGCAUCAAGCUCCAAAAUCGAUUCAUCGGCAAACCGGGCCCUAAGACUUGGCACAUUCCUUCAGGCCAGACGUUGGAUGUCUUCGAGGCAGCCGAACGCUAUCAGAGAGACGGCAUUCCCCUCAUCAUCCUGGCAGGGAAAGACUACGGCUCUGGAAACUCCAGGGACUGGGUAGCCAAAGGACCAUACCUGCUGGGUGUACGUGCAGUCAUUGCUGAGAGCUUUGAGAAGCUGCACAAGAACCAGCUGGUGGGAAUGGGCAUCAUGCCGCUCCAGUUCUUGCCCGACCAGAAUGCGGACUCACUGGAGCUCAGCGGGAAGGAGAGGUUCACCAUCACCCUGCCAGACAGCCUGAGCCCGAGGCAGCAGCUCACUGUCAAGACUAGCGAAGGAAAGUCCUUCUUCGUCACCGCACUGUUUGACACCGAGAUGGACAUUAUCUUUUUCCGACACGGAGGGCACCUUAGAUACGUUGCUCGGACUUUGCUCUGAAACACCCCGCGACCCGGUCCCAAGCCUGCUGAAUGUGCCCGAGGUUCAUGAACAGCAGCCCUCAUCAUGUUACCUGUUUGUCUUCAGCAUGAAUGAAAAUCGGAGCAACGGGAAGGCUGACGAUUUGCCCGCUCGAGCUGGACGAACGUCUCCAGACUUUUCGGGAGUCGCGAAACGUCAGUUUUCAGUCCCGUUCCUGAACUGCUUCUCCAUCACUACACAUGGCUGUUUCAUUUUCAGCAGCAGCGUUUCUCCUCACAAGACAGUCAAAACAAGCAGAGGAAGCGGUGACAUUCACUCAGCAAGGAUAUUGUACCCUAGACGACCUUUGAACAUUGUUUCUUUUUGUGUGUUUUACUGUUGGAGAGUGCUGAGGGGGACAUUUCUUUCAUCGAGGACUUGAGCCGAGAGGAAAUGGAUCCUGCCAAGGAAGGCUAACAUGGUGCUAGGUACUACAGCAUGAAUACAUUGGUGUUUUUAGGGUGCAAUAUAGCCGUAUUUUCCCAAACAUCCAGGUAAAUUGUCUAAUUUUGUGAAUUGCAGAAAUUUGCAGAAUUGAUGUCAGUUGCCCAUAUUUCUUAUUGGGGCCAAACACUCUUGUGUAAAUUAAAGUUCUGUUAAUAUUUCUUUUAAUCAAAUUUGCCUUUUGCAAAAAGUACAAUUUUCUCCUUAUUCACUCAACUUUUAUUAUCAUGUGGAAAAUGUGAAAUCCCUUUUUGCUGUUGCUUGUAUCACUAAGCUCCCUACAUGAAGAUGUCUCCUACUACAACUGGCAGUCCUCUGCAUUACAUUAAAGGUAAAUUAUAAAAGUUUUUCGGACUAAAGAAUCCGUUAAUGUCUAUCCACAAAACAGCAGGUGCUUCUAACAGUCUGAGAAUACAUUCAGUGUCUGUACCCAAAGUAUAACUCUAGAAGUGUUCUCAAAGUGAGUUAUUAGUAAAACACCUGGUGCUGAGGUGAACCUUAGCUGUAGUUACACUUGUCAUUUUGAUUCUUUUAGAUUGAAACCCACAGAUUGUGUGAGCUCACACGCCUUAAUCGCCUUAAUCACCUGAAUGGAUUUUACUUCUGUAUCCUGUUACCGUGUUCAAUCUCCCUCCGCAGCCUGAGCCCGACUCCCGCCGCGUUAUUAGCACUAAUAUUUAUUCAAAGGGGAACAGUACAUAUUGUUAAGUAUUGCAUAAGUAUGUUAAUGAGGAGGAGUACUACUGCAUAUGUGAAAAGCAUUUUGUUGCUCCAACAGGAACUGCCUGAAAUCUGAGAAACAACUUCUAUUUUAAACAGACUUAUCUACUCAGAAUCUCAAUUCUGAGGCUGUUCUGGAAAUAGUUUUCUAAUAAAUACCCAUAUCAACUUCUGGUUAGUCCCGCCCAUUCAGAGUAAAGAUACAAAUAAUAAUAAAUAAAUAAAAUACAGAUCAUUGAAGAGAUACAGAUAAUCGUGCACUCUGCACAGAGCCGUUUUCAUGCUAAGCUAAUCUAACCGGCUGCUGCCUAUAUAGCUUAACAUUGUACAUACACACAUAUAUUGUCUCAUCUGACUGUAUUUCUUUACACAGUCUCAUUUAAACAAGUGGACCGAUAACCGGUUGGCACAAUGUGAAGGUAAAAGCUGCUUUGAAGUGACAAGUGUAAUCAUAGCGCUUCAUCCCCUCGGCAUCUCUCCUGCCGCUGUGUGAUGAUGCAUCCGUUCACUUUCACCUGUCAAGACUUAUUACAUCAUGCAAAAGCUCCUUGCAUGAAGAGAUUGUUCAAAUUCAUCCAAGGGAGAAAUGACUGAUAAUCAGUGCUUCAUCGUUCACCAUCUCAUACUGCAGUUUGAACUGACUGAGGUGAAUAAUAAGUGAAAGGAGAGCAGCCCUGCCUUUAAUACAGGUAUUCUUUAGUUUAGGAUCCAUUGCAAUGUAUUGAGGUACUGGAAAUGGAGAUCUGAAAUCAUUCUUUUUGUGUAAAACAUUACGGUAGAUACUGGCACUUAUCUGAAAUCAUCCCUCCCGUGCAACACGUCACUUUAUCUAGAAUGUAGUUUGGAGCCUUUAUGCUUUUCUAUCUUUCAGAGAGCAUGAUGUUGUGCUGGCUGUGUUUUAGGAGAAGUUAUUUAUUGACACCUACACUAUUCUGUAAGAUGUUGAAACCAUUAACUGCCUGGAACUGCUGCAAAACCGUGUGGUUCUUUGUCGUUUUAAGAGUGAACAAAAGACGAUAUUUCGCCUUGUCUAACUGCCAAAAAGAGUUAAAGCAAGUAGCAAAGCUGUCCUUCGUUUGUUUGGGUGCCUCGUGUGUGAAGAUCCCUCAUAGUUUCAACAUUGCAGCUUCAUAUUAUAGGACACGUAGGGGUUCCUCAGCUGGGGCCAGUCCAUCUUGGUUUGUCUUUAUAGUUUUAGUUUGUCAGUGUCAUCUGGAUGGAUCAACAUUGUGAACUGAAGCACGCAGCAGCAACACAGCGUGAAAGCUGUACCUGUUGUGUCAUCAUGUGUAGCAGACAGUUCGCUGCUGCUGCUUCCUGUUUCAGUUUAGGAAAGCAAAGUAUGCAAACAAAGUACAUCGCUGCACGUGUGAAAAGGUGUCUGGAUGUGUGUAAUCAUGUUGUACAUAGUUUUAAAUAAAUGGUAAAGCAAC